CUAUGUGUGAACCUGGAUGCAAGUUUGGUGAGUGUGUGGGACCAAACAAAUGUAGAUGCUUUCCAGGAUACACCGGGAAAACUUGCAGCCAAGAUGUGAAUGAGUGCGGAGUGAAACCACGGCCAUGCCAACACAGAUGUGUGAAUACACAUGGCAGCUACAAGUGCUUUUGUCUCAGCAAUCACAUGCUCAUGCCAGACGCCACGUGUGUGAACUCUAGGACGUGUGCCAGGACAAACUGCCAGUAUGGCUGCGAAGACACAGAAGAAGGGCCACGGUGUCUGUGUCCAUCUUCAGGACUCCGCCUGGCCCCAAAUGGAAGAGUCUGUCUAGACAUUGAUGAAUGUGCCUCCGGCAAAGCAGUCUGCCCAUACAACCGAAGAUGUAUGAACACAUUUGGAAGCUACUAUUGCAAAUGCCACAUUGGUUUCGAACUGAAAUAUAUCAGUGGCCGAUAUGAUUGUGUAGAUAUAAAUGAAUGUGCUGUGAAUACCCAUACAUGCAGCCUCCAUGCCAAUUGCCUUAACACCCAAGGAUCCUUCAAGUGCAAAUGCAAGCAGGGAUAUAAAGGCAAUGGACUUCAGUGUUCUGUUAUUUCUGAAAAUUCUGUAAAGGAAGUCCUCAGAGCAUCUGGGACCAUCAAAGACCGAAUCAAGAAGUUGCUUGCUCACAAAAACAGCAUGAAAAAGAAGGUGAAAAUUAAAAAUGUCACCCCAAGACCCACUGGCACUCAUACUCCUAAGGUUAACUCUCAGCCCUUUAGCGAUGGAGAAAGUGUUUCCAUGGGUGGUAACUCUAAUAGAGAAGAAAAAGGGAGGGAAGAGAAAAUGAAAGAGGGGCUUGCAGAAGAGAAAAGAGAAGAGAAAGCCCUAAAGAAUGACGUGGAGCAGGAGCGAAGCCUUCGAGGAGAUGUGUUUUCCCCUAAGGUGAAUGAAGCAGAUUUGGAUCUGGUUCUGGUCCAAAGAAAAGCACUAAAUUCUAAACUGGAACACAAAGAUAUAAAUAUCUCAGUUGAUUGCAGCUUUGAUCAUGGGGUCUGUGACUGGAAACAGGAUAGAGAAGAUGAUUUUGACUGGAAUCCUGCUGACCGAGAUAAUGCUGUUGGCUAUUACAUGGCAGUUCCAGCCUUGGCAGGACACAAGCAGAAUACUGGCCGAUUGAAACUUCUCCUCCCAGACCUGCAGCCCCAAAGCAACUUCUGUUUGCUCUUUGAUUACCGGCUGGCCGGAGACAAAGUAGGGAAACUUCGAGUGUUUGUGAAAAACAGUAACAAUGCCCUGGCAUGGGAAGAGACCAAGAAUGAGGAUGAAAAGUGGAGGACGGGAAAAAUUCAGUUGUAUCCAGGGACUGAUAUUACCAAAAGUAUCAUUUUUGAAGCAGAACGCGGCAAGGGCAAAACUGGUGAAAUCGCAGUGGAUGGCGUCUUGCUCGUUUCAGGCUUAUGUCCAGAUGGCCUUUUAUCUGUGGAAGGUUGAAUGUUACUGUCAUCUUUUAUAUCUUUACAUUUGGCUUUUUGUACCAGUUCUCUGGUUUUUCUUUCAUAUUAUAUCAUAGGACCCCCCCACACACACUUUAGAAAUACAAGCUAAAAAGUUGUAAUUUACCAACAGAAAUAUUAUUGUAAGAUCCAUUUCUUAUAUCAGAUGUGCCAGUGCUUGCUUUAAGCAUUGUACCACUGUGUCUUCUCAUUUAUUCCUGAAUUUUUUCACAUUGUAUUCUGAAAUGUGGGCGUGCCAGCUCAUCUCCCCCAUUCAGUACAUCUGAUUUUUCUAUGUGAGCUCAUUAACUUCUCUACCAACAUUUCUAGAAUAACAACAAAAAGUAUAGAGAAAUGUUUAAGUGUUUGACUUUUGUGGUGCUUCUUGGAAACUAUGACAUUAAAGAGACCUUGCAUAAGUGGUUCAGCCUGAUCUUUCACAGCUAAGCCUGCAUAUUUAUAGUCUUUGUAAUAAUAAUAACCAUAU